GAUUAAACAAACAACAUGUCUGGACGUGGUAAAGGUGCAGGUAAGGUCAGAGCCAAGGCAAAGACCCGCUCCUCCAGGGCUGGACUCCAGUUCCCAGUUGGCCGUGUUCACAGGCAUCUGAGGAAGGGAAACUAUGCCCAGCGUGUCGGUGCCGGAGCUCCCGUCUACCUGGCGGCGGUGCUGGAGUACCUGACCGCUGAGAUCCUGGAGCUGGCUGGAAACGCUGCCAGAGACAACAAGAAGACCAGGAUCAUCCCCCGCCAUCUGCAGCUGGCUGUCCGCAACGACGAGGAGCUCAACAAGCUGCUGGGAGGAGUGACCAUCGCUCAGGGAGGAGUGCUGCCCAACAUCCAGGCGGUGCUGCUGCCCAAGAAGACCGAGAAACCCGCCAAGAAGUAAACCCAAGGCCCGGUUCCGUCAACAACACAACGGCUCUUUUAAGAGCCACACACAUUUACCUUAAAGAGCAAGAUCCAGUACUGUUUCUAUUCAAAUUAGAUCGUGUUUGUGGAAGUUACUAUUGUUUGCCAUAACCAUUUGUUGGUCACCAAGACAAUUGUAUUCAAAUAUUUGUUUUUCCUUUCUGUUUGGGGCCAUGAUGAUGACUUUUGAACCAAUUCUAAUUUUUACAGGCAUCUAAAUGAUUGAGGAUUGCCAUGAAGGUCAAUCCUCAGUGGACAAAAAGAAGAAAAUCUAACAAUAAUAAAAC